CUGCCUCGGCCAGUUUAUCGUUCGCCGUCGCCUCUCCUUCUCCAGAUCCCCACUCAAGUAGCAGACGCGGUUCGGGAGCCAAGGAACAAGAAGAAUUAGGGAUCAAGAACCUCGAAAAGCUUCCGAUCUGAAAGGUCAAGGAUUGUCAUUUUGCAAAUCAAAGAAAGCUACACCAUGAUCGAGAGAUUCUAGAGCUUGUGGGGAUCCUGAAGUCUUUACUUCUAACCGGUUUACAUUAUUGGACAUGGCUAGCAAUAACACAAUCCCUGGAUUCCGGUUUGUAAGAUGCCCGAGAUGCAUGGCUCUUCUUACUGAAAUUGCUUGUGUUCCGGUAUACCAGUGUGGUGAAUGUGGUGUGACUCUUCGAGCAAAACAUUAUAAUUCUACCGAUCAGAGUGCAGCAUCUCUAGCUUCACAACCGUCUAAAGCAGAAGAUGCUUCAAGCAGUGGUUUAAACAAAGGAGAUGAAGAAAGCUGCCUGAAGGAGAGACAAAUGGAGCUCGAAGCUAGUUCCUCCAAUGUGAGAAGUAUGGACUUGCAGAGUUCUAGUCCCAAUAACAGAAAUGAUGCUUCACUGGACAACAAGGAGAACAACAACAAUCAUCAUAGUGAAUGCGGGAAAGUUUCAAAGAUAGCCAGUGCAAAUCCAUUCGACGUCAACAUCUCUUCCGUCAUUGAUACUGGCAACGCUGAGACUCCUCGUAAACGUGUACCUCUGUCCAGAAGAACUUUUAGAGGAAUGUCGUGGGAUUCAGCAGAUACUAAUGUACAUAAAGAAGAGGGUGUUAAAGAGAAGCAAGUGGGAACACAAAUUGUAGCUCAAGAAGUUUCACAAGAGUCGCCGAGAGAGAAGCCAGCUGCUCUUGAGACAUUUGGUUUGCUCGGAAAUGAGAUUUCCCAAAAUGAAAAAGAUGAUUUAGUGAUAAAUCCCUCUUUUGUUUCAGAGAUAGAUACCGGCAACGUUGAGACAUCUCGUAAAUGUGUGCCCUUGUCCAGGAGAACUUUUAGAAGAAUUGUGCAAGAUUCAGCAGAUACUAAUGUACAUAAAGAAGAGGGUGUUAAAGAGAUGCAAGUGGGAACACAAAUUGUAGCUCAUGAAGUUUCACAAGAGUCGCCGAUAGAGAAGCCAGCUGCUCUUGAUACAUUUGGUUCGCACACAAAUGAGGUUUCCCAAAAAGAAAAAGAUGAUUUAGUGACACAUUCCUCUUUUGACUCUGACGACUUCCAUUCGGUUCAGAACUUGAUGGAAUCAGAAAAUCAUGUGCAUUCAAGAUCGGCCUCGAUAAAUCUAGUGGAGGUCUCCAAAGGCUCAGCCGACAAACAAAAUGAUAGGGCAGUAGCUGAUCUUGAUUCAUUUGAGAUCUCGAGGGAUUCAAAGGUUCCUAUGGGCUUACUUAACAUUCAAACGGAGAUCCUAAGGAAGGUUGAUGGAUUGAAAGAGGAAAUCAAUGAAAUCUUUGAUAAAUCUGAUGAGAGCAGGGCACAGCCUCACCAUGUGAAGCAUCUUAAGCCAGGCCGAUGUCAAACUCCUCCUAAAGUGACCCAUCAAAGAAGGGCAAUUCCUCGACCACCACCCAGGUCCAAUGGCAUUCCUUCAAAGCCGUUCGAUGUUCCUUGCAAGCAUUGUCAUUAUGAAGGCCGCCGAGCAUCUCCAAGCCCUUGCCACAAUGGAAUUUGCAGAGCUUGCCACUGCAAUCAUACAUGCCAUGCUGGUUCUAGGCCCUCUCCAUGUUCCCACAAGCCUCAGGUUGAGCGUCAGACCGAGAAACCAAACAACAAUGAUGGAAGACAGCAGAAGAAGCAACUUUGUCGCCCUGUUUUAGGUGGCUCUCCAUUUGUCGUAUGCUACAACUGCUUGGAGUUGCUUAGGCUUCCUAUCGAUUUCUUCAUAGUGCAGAGAAGAUUUUAUAAGCUUCAAUGUGGUGCUUGUUCUAAAGUUCUUACAUUUUCUUUCAGAACUCCAAAAUAUGGGAUUCCCCUUACACCCGAUGAGGCUGAGACACCGACAACCGAGUUGGACAGCAUGACAGAUACUACUCCUGGGCACGAGGUCUCCAUCUUUCCGUCCAAUGAUAGAUCCCCAUGGGAACCAGUUUCCUACUCAGACUAUGGAUACUCUCUUGCCUCUGAUACUGAAAUGCCAGUAAAUUUUCCAAGUAGAUCAACUCUGAUGGAUAAGAGAAAAAGUAGGCUUAGAACAGGUUCACAACUUUAUCAGCUCAUGGACUAUGGUUCGGCAAGUGAGAUCUUAUAUCGGCACAGUGAUAUCGAUGAAGUAUCUGAAUUCACAGCGCCAAGCACGCCCCGCUGUAAUACUCCCAAGGAAAGGCUGGUGGAAGAUGGAAUGAUAAGAAAAGGCUCUUAUGUUUCUGAUCCUUCAACCAGUCAGCAUUUCUGAAGGUUUUGUGUAUGAUGUUUAAUUGUAUAGUCCAAUUGAUCAUAGAACUUUUUGUAUUCAUUGUAGCUUUUUUAGUUUCAUUCAUUAUAAUUAACGAUAUCAUCUUAAGAUUUUUAGUCGAA